AUGGAGCCAGUGCCGACCGUCCCACAGUAUUCCAUCCUGGAAGAGGAAAGUCAAUGCUCCCUGUCCAGAGCAUUGGCCCCAGCCCUGACCCCGACCCCAACUCUGACCCUGACUCCAGCCCUGACCUCUCCUCAGAACUCCUCUCUGGUCGCUGCAGGCACAGAUCUUCUCCACAAGGUGGAAAACAUCCCCACUCGGUUUGAGCCGGCUCCCCAAACGGGCCACACGAUCUUCAAGGAGCAGCUGUUCUGUUCUUACGAGGUCCACAAGCUGAACAUUGAUCCUGCCACAGUACCACCCUCACCGCCGGCUGCAGAGAUGCUCAGGGGGACCAUCGAUUACGUUCAAAGCAACCAACCAGUGGCGUACAGUCACUUCCCCGGCCUCAUGAGCCCCUUCCAGGGCCCCGUGUGGAACCCACCAAUCAGAGAUUUUCCUCCUGCCGUUUGUCCCAAACCUUGGAACUGUCACGGUUUCGCAUCUCCCGGUACCAUGGUUUUUGGCGGUUUUCCGCCGAUGCACUUUGAACCCAGGGCUCCCGGAAACUCCUGCAUGGUGAACAUGGGUUACCUGCCUCCCGCGCCUCCGUUUAGCUUCAGUUCGGGCCCCUGCAUGGUGAUCAACAUGCCGGAGUUCUGUCACGGCGCGUGUUUGCCUCCUCCCCAAAUGUUCGUCGCACCCGAAGGUUAUCCCGGCUGGUGCAUGAGCCUCCCAUUGGAGGCGUUCUACCAGACCUGCAGACCAGUUCUGGUUUAUAGCAGAAAAGACAACAUGGUGCUGAACGGUACUCAGAUGUUGGAGGACAGGAGGAAGGAAAAAGAAGAACACAAAGUUUUCCCGCCCGACAAGACCAAGGAACGAGGCAGCCGAGUUUCCCCGACACCUCUGGCCGCUUUUCAGGAUCGGAUGCAAAUGGUAUGGACCUGGGAUGACAGCGAGGACGUCCCCAACGCCAUCUGUCUCAAGAGAGAAGAGAAUGAGACUCCAGCGACAGAAAUCGGCUCCUUCGUGGAUCAUCAGGACGAUUUGGGCAAUGACACAAACUCGGUCAGAAAUCAGUUGGACAUGGAUGACAUGAACUGCCUCUUUACUUCAGACCUGAACACCUUUGACUUCACUCUGGAAGACCUGCAGUCGCUUAUGGAGGAGAGCUUAGACGAACCUUUAAAUAAGAAAAAUGCAGAGAAGACGCCUCCGCCGCAAACUGAAAUUGAAAGAAUAAUCCAGUACCUGCUGUCAGACGCCCCAAUCACAGAAUACGAGAGAAAAUCAUACCAAAACAAGCCAGAUUUGCUAGCUGAGGAGGAACCGAGGAAGAACCUGCGUGGCUUCGCCACAUUCCAGCGGUCACCCGUAGAAGAAAAACUAACGUACCCGAACACGUCAUUUCCUCUGGAUAGACAUUUCGAAGAUCUGACCUGUAAGAGGGAAGUCAACGAUGACCGCAGGAAGGGACGUGGUGAAAGAGACUCGAAGAAACGUGUUCUAAAAACGGAGACGCAAAGUCGAGAAGCAGCAAGAAAAAAUGGCGCCCUUAAUGACAGCAAAUCGAAUUUCCGCGCGGACAUCGGAUGGGGUCAGAGGGCGAGGGAACACACCAACGAACUGGACGGGGACGGUUACCCUUUCAGAGCUGGAGAGAGGAAACCAGCCGAUAAAAAUCAGGAAUACCGAAAGUUCAUGGACAAGUGGCAGGAGUCUAGAGUGCCACAAGGAAAACCUCUGGAUUUCUUCAGAAGGAUGGAAAUCAGUAGCGAAUGGUUAUCUAGCAUAGAAGAAGAGCUAAGAGAGGAUGAGAGGGGGGAAACUUCCAAGGUUGCGAGACGAAAACCUCAAAGCAAAAAAACAGACAGAUUGAAGCCGGCGCCAAAGGCAACCAAACGCUCCUCGUCAAAGAAAGCAGCGGGGGAAGAUUCAGGCAAACCUCUGCAGCAUUGGAGCCUGAUGAAAGGAGCGAGAGCAAGAGAGACAAAGCACAAAACAACUCAACCCGCUAAAGCAUCCAGAAAAACAAAGGCAGAGGUUUACGAAGCCUGCUUUCCACCCAAUCUGUCCGCGAAGUCCAAAAGCAACACAACGGCAGGCAAGUGCAGUCGAAAGGCCAAAUGUAAGCCAAAAUGUCCCUCCAAACGGAUGAAGACGCUCCCUUCUUUGAAAACAGCUGAAGGACAUCCGGAGUCAGACGGUUUUCUGUGUCCAGCAUUAAGUGAAGUGCAGAAGCAGCAAUGCGGUGCAUUCCUGGGGGGCAAAACAAAAAAGCAAAAAGUUUCACAAAGGAGAGGAAAUGGGUUAAAAAUCAAGCCUGAAGCAAUCAAAGAAGAAGCACAUGAGGAGGAGGAAGAAGAGCUCACGAGUACAGCGAAGAAGCACCAGCAGAGAAGCAAUACCCCGAAAAAGAGGAAAGGGGGCGCCGACGAGACUCCGGAAAUACUCUGUUCCAGUCCGGUGAAAAAGUGUCGGGACUCUGAGCAGAGAGGGCCCAAAAUCAGAAUAAGAAGGGAAAGAGGGACUUUAAGAGCAACCUGGCUUCAUAUAGAGUAA